AUUUGAUGAGGAAUGUUUUCAAGAAUGGAGCCCCAACGUAACAUCUGCAAACUGUGAAGGUGCCGUGUUGAUUUAGACAUAACAGUUUACAUUGAUAAGGAAUCGUGAAGAACUGGUCGUAGAAAUGUAUGGUUUUGUCAAUCACGCCUUGGAGCUACUUGUAUUACGAAAUUAUGGCGAAGACGUGUGGGAAGACAUCAAGAGGGAGGCACAACUCGAUGUAGAGGGUCAGUUCCUUGUCAGAAUCAUAUAUGAAGAUGCCAAAACAUAUGACCUUGUUGCAGCUGCAAGCAAAGUUCUCAAGAUUGAUGCAGGGUGUAUCCUACAGAUGUUUGGGAAGAUGUUUUUUGAGUUUUGCCAAGAAUCAGGGUAUGACACCAUCCUGCGUGUUUUAGGCUCCAAUGUCCGUGAAUUCUUGCAGAAUCUGGAUGCCCUCCACGACCACCUAGGUACCAUCUACCCUGGGAUGAGGGCUCCGUCCUUCCGCUGCACAGACGCGGAGAAGGGCAACAAUCUGAUCCUGCACUACUAUUCGGAGAGGGAGGGGCUCCAGGACAUUGUGAUCGGCAUCAUCAAGACGGUGGCCCAACAGAUCCACGGCACAGAAAUAGAAAUGAAGGUGAUCCAGCAGAAGAGUGAGGAGUGUGACCACAUCAAGUUCCUGAUCGAGGAGAAGGACUCGGAGGAGGAGGCCUUCUAUGAGGAUCUGGACGGCUUCGAGGAGAACGGCAUGCAGGAGACCCGGAUCAGCCCCUACACCUUCUGCAAGGCCUUUCCCUUUCACCUCAUGUUCGACAGGAACCUGAUGCUUACUCAGUGCGGCAACGCUAUCUCCCGUGUGCUGCCGCAGCUCCAGCCAGGCAUCUGUAACCUGCCCUCCGUGUUCUCUCUGGUGCGUCCACACAUAGACUUCAGCUUCCAAGGCAUGCUCUCCCACAUCAACACUGUCUUCGUUCUGCGAAGCAAGGAGGGCCUCUUGAACGUGGAGACUUCAGAGAACGAGGACGAGCUGACUGGUGCUGAGAUCAGCUGCCUGAGGCUGAAGGGACAGAUGAUCUACCUACCCGAGGCGGAGAACAUCCUCUUCCUCUGUUCUCCCAGUGUGAUGAACCUGGAUGACCUGACGCGGAGAGGCCUUUACCUGAGUGACAUCCCACUGCACGAUGCCACACGUGACCUGGUGCUGCUGGGAGAACAGUUCCGUGAGGAGUACAAGCUGACUCAGGAACUGGAGAUCCUAACUGACCGUCUGCAGCACACCCUUCGGGCCCUGGAGGACGAGAAGAAGAAGACGGACAGAUUGCUCUACUCAGUCCUGCCACCGUCAGUGGCCAAUGAGUUGCGCCACAAGCGUCCAGUCCCGGCCAAACGCUACGACAAUGUGACCAUCCUCUUCAGCGGCAUUGUGGGAUUCAAUGCCUUCUGCAGCAAACACGCGUCAGCCGAGGGUGCCAUCAAAAUAGUCAACCUGCUCAACGACGUCUACACCCGAUUUGACAUCCUGACUGAUUCGAGAAAGAACCCCUACGUGUACAAGGUGGAGACAGUGGGUGAUAAGUACAUGACGGUCAGUGGGCUGCCAGAACCAUGUACCCACCACGCUCAGUCUAUCUGCCACCUGGCCCUGGAUAUGAUGGAAAUUGCUGGACAGGUCAAAGUUGAUGAAGAACCAGUACAGAUAACCAUUGGGAUCCACACAGGAGAGGUGGUAACUGGGGUCAUAGGUCAAAGGAUGCCCCGCUACUGCCUGUUUGGAAAUACUGUCAACCUCACCAGUCGUACAGAAACCACAGGAGAGAAGGGAAAAAUUAACAUUUCAGAAUAUACUUACAGGUGUUUGCAGUCAGCAGAGAAUGCUGACCCCCAGUUUCGUUUGGAGUACCGAGGACCCAUCACCAUGAAAGGCAAGAAGGAGCCCAUGAAUGUGUACUUUCUGUCGCGCAAAAGUACUGAAAGCAUAGCUUGAUCAUAAAAGCAUUCCCCUUUCCCCAGUGGGCAAAAUGCAUAAAGGUGUAAUUUUGGGGUUCUACUUCGGUUUUAUGGGUUGACGAGAUGUCAGAUAACCAAAUUAGAACCAAGAGAAGAUGUCCUUUUCUGGUCGCUAAAAAGAGAUGUUAAAAAACGUUUUACAAUCAGCAUAAAACCGGACCAUGACGUACACCUGAACAGUUUUGCUCACUGGGUCACUUGUCAGUUUCAAGAAGCUGCUCUAUCUGAAGACAUAACAAUUUUACCAUCUAGAAAUAUACCUUGUUCUCUCCUUCACCGACAGUUAUUGUUAUUGUUGGUAUGUACAGUUGAAGUUGGAAGUUUACAUACACUUAGGUUGGAGUAAUUAAAACUAGUUUUUCAACCAGUCCACACAUUUCUUGUUAACAAAAUAUAGUU